AUGAGAACAAGCCCAAAUUUUGUGGUUGAGGUUGUGUCGAUUUUCUUUGAGGAUUCUGAGAAACUCCUCAACAUGGCCAGAGCUCUAGAACAGAAAAUUGUGGAUUUCAAAGAGGUAGAUGCCCAUGUUCAUCAGUUCAAGGGCAGUAGUGAGUUCUGUGGGGGCAGUGAAGUGAGUGUCGAGGUGCGAAGGUCCUUUCGAUUCUUCACCACAAAAGCUUCGCCGCCAUUACGCAACCCACCUACCCACCACCCCUUGGCCCUCGUGACCAUCGCACAUGUCGCUCUCCAGUCUCCAUCGACGUCUAUAUCUAAUGUACCCUCCACGUCACCCAACCUCUCUCUUUCCUUCACCUGCUUCAUGGACCAAUUCCAACUCCAAACCAUGUCAAACGACGCCGUUUCCCGCUCCUCUCCCCCCUCAUCUUCCUCCUCGCCCGCCUCCGACAUGCCGAACGACGCCGUUUCCACGCACGCCUCUUCGUCCUCGGCCUCCCCUUCCCGCUUCUCCGAUAUCUGGAACUAUCUCUGGGUCCCUCUGCUCAUUUCCUACUCCAAGGAGCUUAGUGUCGCCAAGGCCCAGUCCACGAUUCUUCUCCCGAGUCAACUCGACCCCGACUCGUCCAGGUGCGCCGCGCCCAACCCGAAGCUCAACUACCGCCCGGUGAUCGGGAUCCUCAGCCACCCCGGCGACGGCGCCUCCGGACGCCUCAGUAAUGCCACCAACGCUUCCUAUAUUGCGGCGUCGUAUGUGAAAUUCGUUGAAUCGGCCGGUGCUCGUGUCAUUCCUCUUAUCUAUAACGAGCCUCCCGAGAUUCUUUUCGAGAAGCUAAAUUUGGUCAAUGGAGUGCUCUUCACAGGAGGGUGGGCUAAAACUGGUUUGUACUAUAAAGUUGUUGAGGCAAUUUAUAAGGUAAAUAUUAUUUCUCUGUAAUUUUUGGAAUAAAUAAUAUAGUGGUUUGUACUAUCUGGCAGUCUGCACACGGCCAAAGCUGGGUUUGGCAGCUUUUAGCAGCCUGAACUGUGUUGGACUUUAAUUAGCACAAAAAGGAAAAAAUUACGGUGUUACAUGAGCAAUGCUUAUUGGAGAGAACUCUGUAUUUUCCAUGUACAUUUGGUUGAGUGCAUUCAGCAUUGUUGGCACCUUUUCAAGUCGAUAUUCUUGUAGUUUCCCUUCUAGUCCCUGCUUCAUAACUUUGAAAUCCUGGUCUGUAAGUCCCAUAGAUGGCGAGUAAUUGAGUUACACAAUUGCAAAUGUAUUGAUGUGAAUCAUUAUUGAGAUAAUUAAGAUGAUAUUUUCAUGGUAUCAGGCUUUAUAUCUUGAAAAAUGCCUUGUAAAUUGAAGAUUGUUUGGGAUGAUUUCCCAUGUAGUUUAGCCGAACUCUAUAAAAUUUAACUCAGCUCAACUAAGCACUCCCAAUUAAAUUGGGGUUGGUAUGGAUCCUCAUCAACCUAUUGGCGUUGGUCACAUGUGCUUUUUUAUUUUUUAUAAUCUUGCCACUCUAUCCUAGCAAAAGUCAUGCUGUUUAUUGCCUUCCUAUUUAACAUAUUCUUCUUUAGCCAAUUUCUAUAAAGGAAAAAAAAAAAAAAAAAAAAAAAAAAAAAAAAAAAAAAAAAAAAAAAGAGAAAAGAAAAGAAUAAAAAGAGUACAAAUGGAGUUCAGGAAAAAAGAGGUCAACCACAGAUGAAGUAAGUAAUUCAUUUUUAAUCAUCUUUUAUGUGGAAAAUGAAAUUAAGGGGCUUAAGCUGUUAUUGCUGGACUCCUAAAGAUUUGUUUGUUUACUUAUUCAAAAAAAGAAAAGAAAAAAAGAAAGGGCUACAAAAAUAUUUGUGUUUAGGGACCUUAGAAUCAAGGUAAUUGGGAAAGGAGAUUGAGAGAUUCUCUUGAGGGUGAAUUUUAGAUGUGCAGCGAGUUACAGGAUGGGUAUCUUGAUUUGG